AUGGCACCCCCUUCAGACUCAUCGAGCGCCUCGAGGAGAGCCCAGUCCAUCGCCAGUCACCUUCAAGCACCACAGGCGACAAAGGCAACAGAUUAUAAGUUUGAGGGAUGGCUGGGCUUAGACAAGACUGCAGCGGCAGGAAAUAUGGUGUGGGGCGAAUUCCAACCAAAGACGUGGACGGAGGAUGAUGUUGAUAUUGAAGUCUCCCAUUGUGGUAUCUGUGGUUCUGAUAUUCACACACUGAGAAGCGGCUGGGUAAGUAUGCGGCUACCUAGAAUACAGCGAAAACUGCUAAUGGCUGUUGCAGGGACCCUCAAUCUAUCCAUGCUGCGUCGGCCACGAAAUCGUCGGAGAGGCCGUGGCGGUGGGGAAAAACGUCAAGAACAUUAA